AUGUCGACCGCGAGGCUGUGCGCGCUGCUGGCGCUGCUGCUGGCGGCGUGCGUGCAGGCGUUCGAGAUCAGCGGCACCGUGUACCCUCUGGGCUCCGUGACGGAGCAGGUGGAGCCGCUCAAGGUUCAGCUCAACGGCGGCGAGCAGACGGUCUUCGUGCGCUCGGACGGCUCCUUCCUGUUCCGCGACGUGGGCCCGGGCCGCUACGUGGUCGACAUCCCGUCCACGCAGUUCCUCUUCAGCCAGUACAAGGUGGACGUGGGCGCCGACGGCCUCAUCCGCGCGCUCGAGUACAAGUACCCGGGCGCCCCCAAGGCGCGCGCCAGCUACCCGCUCGUGGCGGAGGCCGUCAAGGAGCUCGACUACUUCGAGCAGCGCGAGAAGUUCAACCUGCUGGGCAUGAUCAUGAGCCCGUCCUUCCUCACCAUCAUCGUGCCCAUUGGUCUGCUGUACCUGCUGCCCAAGCUGUCCGAGGGAAUGGACCCGGAGGAGAUGAAGAAGGCGCAGGAGGAGAUGGGCUCGACGGACCCGUCCUCGCUGCUGGCAGGAAUGCUGGGCGGCGGCCAGACGAACGCAGACGACAGCGACGACGAUUAG